AUGGACACUACUAUGGAAGCCGACCUGGGUGCCUCCGGCCACGGGCCCCGCACAGAGCUUGACGAUGAGGACUCCUACCCCCAGGGUGGCUGGGACACGGUCUUCCUAGUGGCCGUGCUGCUCCUUGGGCUGCCAGCCAAUGGGUUGAUGGCGUGGCUGGCCGGCUCCCAGGCCCGGCAUGGAGCUGGCACGCGUCUGGCACUGCUCCUGCUCAGCCUGGCCCUCUCUGACUUCUUGUUCCUGGCAGCAGCGGCCUUCCAGAUCCUAGAGAUCCGGCAUGGGGGACACUGGCCGCUGGGGACAGCUGCCUGCCGCUUCUACUACUUCCUAUGGGGCGUGUCCUACUCCUCUGGCCUCUUCCUGCUGGCCGCCCUCAGCCUAGACCGCUGCCUGCUGGCGCUGUGCCCACGCUGGUACCCUGGGCACCGCCCAGCCCGCCUGCCCCUCUGGGUCUGCGCCGGGGUCUGGGUGCUGGCCACACUCUUCAGCGUGCCCUGGCUGGUCUUCCCCGAGGCCGCCGUCUGGUGGUACGACCUGGUCAUCUGCCUGGACUUCUGGGACAGCGAGGAGCUGUCGCUGCGGAUGCUGGAGGUCCUGGGGGGCUUCCUGCCUUUCCUCCUGCUGCUCAUCUGCCACGUGCUCACCCAGGCCACGGCCUGUCGCACCUGCCGCCGCCAACAGCAGCCCGCAGCCUGCCGGGGCUUCGCCCGUGUGGCCAGGACCAUUCUGUCAGCCUAUGUGGUCCUGAGGCUGCCCUACCAGCUGGCCCAGCUGCUCUACCUGGCCUUCCUGUGGGACGUCUACUCCGGCUACCUGCUCUGGGAGGCCCUGGUCUACUCCGACUACCUGAUCCUGCUCAACAGCUGCCUCAGCCCCUUCCUCUGCCUCAUGGCCAGUGCCGACCUCCGGGCCCUGCUGCGCUCCGUGCUCUCGUCCUUCGCGGCAGCUCUCUGCGAGGAGCAGCCGGGCAGCUUCACGCCCGCUGAGCCACAGACCCAGCUAGAUUCUGAGGGUCCAACUCUGCCAGAGCCGAUGCCAGAGGCCCAGCCACAGAUGGAUCCCGUGGCCCAGCCUCAGGUGAACCCCACGCUCCAGCCACAAUCGGAUCCCACAGCCCAGCCACAGUCAGACACUAAGGUCCAGACCCCUGGGCCCGCUGCCAGUUCUGUGCCCAGUCCCCGUGAUGAAGCCUCCCCAACCCCAUCAUCGCAUCCCACCCCAGGGGCCCCUGAGGACCCAGCCACACCUCCUGCCUCUGAAGGAGAAAGCCCCAGAGGCACCCAGCCAGAGGCGGCCCCGGGCGCAGGCCCCACGUGA